AUGGAACUAUUGGAGAUCACUGAGGCACAGAUGAUGCAGUCAUGGCGUCAACUGUUCAUGAGCGAGGCGGAGCAAUGGAGUUUUGUCCUUCAGCAAAACACUCAAGUAUUCGUCAUGAACGCUGUGUCAAUUGAUAGGUACAAAAAGUGUGAUUUCCCAUGGACCGGUUCCCUGCAUUCCCCAAGUCAGCAGGCCCAGAGACAGGGAACCAUCUCCAAGUCGCUUACCCCGUCCUUCAACAGUGCAUUCACCAACCCAUCAUCUGCCAAGUCAACCCCACAAUGGUUGCCUGGGAGCCGCAGUCACCAACAAGACUCCACAGGGUUCAGUGGCCCUUCCUCCCCUGGGCCGGAUCCCUCCCAGGCCCCUGAUUUCCCCAUUAUAACCCCUUCAGAUGAUUCUAUGUCUCCAUUCAUGAACACAAGCUCCCGACGCCCAAGCUCAGACCCCGUCAAUAUGUCCAAUAGUUCCAUGCUUAACGGGUCAUACCUAGGCAAUGUUGCUAGGUCAUUCGGGCACUAUGAUGAGAAGAAUCUACUGUCAUUUGCCCAGCUUAGGCAUAGUAGCUCCUUACCAAAUCUAAGUGAUCGAGAUAAGUUCCAUGAGUUAAUGCCAAUGCCUGUGUCAGAAAGUGAAAAAAGAGAAGCCUCCAACUUCAAUAGAAGUAGAUCUUCACUGGACGCUGUCACUUUCGAUCAUGAUGACAGUGAUACAAUAACUGAUAAGUCUGAUUCACCCAUUGGAGACUUCAGCUUUCCUCCAGUAGAGGAAGUGUUGUCAGAAUCAUCAUCUGCUGUGGCAACAGAAAGUCAUCCGGUAGUAGCUGUGUCUGAUUUUGCAGGCAACGGCUCAUUACUCAGACCUUCUCCACAAAAAGGAGGAGUUGUGUCGGAAAGGGUUGAUAUAUCAGCUGGUCAAGGAAAGUCAGCAUUUUCUGUUCUAAAGCAGAGCCCAAAAGUAGAGAAUCAAAAUGAAAAUGUUGGAAUCCCAAGACAAGAAACAUUACAUAGAAGUAGAUACCAUGAACGCCAUUCUGAAAAUUCUGAUGAAAAUCAAAAGCAAGAAUAUGGAGGAUAUGAUUCCUUUACCAAUUCCCUUACAUCAAACAUUUCAUUUCCAAAUCCGCUGCAAGAAAGCCAAGAGGCAACUAUGGCUACCCUGCCAAUAUCCAGUGGUGCUAUCGACGUGGUGACAAUUUUGCAAAGAGUUGUGGGGUUUGGGCGCGUGAUGUGUCAGACCCUAAUGCCUAGCCAAGCCCAGUAUGAGUCGGACCAAUCAGGAAAUACCAGUCUAUCUGACCAACCAAUGCUCGAUAUAUUUGGAAAACAAAGGCAGAAAUUGUAUGAAAACUUUCUCAAAUGUGUUCGAGGGACAGUGUGCCAGUUUGCAGACAACAUGUUAUGUAUGGACCUGUGUGGCUCUACGCAUUCCAUGGCCAGGAGACUUGCCGGAUCAUCAUUGGUCCAGUACCUGCAGACCCAGCAGUCCAGCCGGCUGAUCUGGGGCUGCCGACACGACCUGGCCACGUCGCGACACUGCUUCGAGUACCUUGACCGAAACACACGCCUCCUCUGUGACAGACAUGAACCCAUCACACGAGAGAUGUGCAUGAGAAUCAACAAUGUUACUUUCAUGCUGACCUGCCUGAACUGGUUCUACCAUCGCCUUAGAAGCAACUUCUUAGUUUCGAGUGACCUUUCUGCACGUCAAAUGAGGGACAGUUUGCAGGCAUCUAUGAAUAGUGCUGAUAACCAAAGAAGUGAUUUCCUGGUGAUAGACCAGUAUGGUUACAACCCAUCACUAGACCGCCUGGAGGUGAUGGAGACUGCGUCACAACUCGCACCCAGUCUGCUAAGUCAUGGGGAGGACGAACAUGGAAUUCUGGUUACCAGUCCAAUAGACGGGGACCGUGACCACCUCAUGGCCAUCAUCAGGGCCCUAUGCAGGAUUAUGGCAUACAGGCUUAACCUGUUUGUGAUGGACGCCUUGCCAGUACUGCUCACCCUUAAGUCUUCUGAGGUUACCAUAGAGACUGGGCUGAGCCCACUCACAGAGUUCCUUGCGAACUAUGUACACACACUGCGGAGCUGGUUGUACGAGGAGAAUUUCACGCGCGUCCUUGAGUGCCUCUGGAUUUUCAUCGUUCAGGAUUUUGAGGCUGAGCUACGCAAGUUGGAGCAGGAAGAUCAGGAUGGGUUGGGUCACGCACAGUUACUGCUACAGGCUCUCUCGCACCUUCUGAAGUUUAUGAACAACCAGCACAAGUCCUUGCAUAGAGACCUGCUCUUGUCACAGGCCGAUGAUGUUUCGUUCAAACUGAGCUUGUACGCCAUGCCUGUGGAACGCCUUGUCGCCCUGUACAGAGGUCUUUGCCAAGAUGCGCUGGGGUCAGACUCUAGCAGUACCAGCACUAUGUACCACAGUGUGUUGAUGGUUAGACAGAGACUCAAGCACGACCUUCAGCGAUACAAGAAGGAUUUCAGUGGGGCGGAUCUUGUGAAGUGGAUUCUUAAAAACCUAGAACUGUUUGAAAAUCUUGAUCCUGGUCUGACCGAGGGAGAAGUGGUGUACAAACGGGAACGGGCCCAUCAGAUAGCCCAGCGUCUCCUAGACUGGGACAUUAUUGCCGAUGUGGAGGCCGACACUGGAGACCAAAACGACAGCUCAGCAUACAGUUUUGAUGCUGAGUUCCCAGUGGUUACAGUACAUGCCCAAUUACCAGCCAAGAGAGAAGAGGGCAUAACCAGUGAUGAAGACAACACCCCAGAGGCCACACCUAGAGCUACCCCUAAGCCAGCAGGCCCGAGUGGUCUCAGACAGUCCAUGAGGGCUUUUUCCAGACAGUCGGGCCUCAAAUCCAUCACCCCUGGGCUGCGGGUUUCACAGUCACAGAGGGCGGUUGGGGCGGCAGAGCUGGACCAGUCCCAGGGAAAACAAGCAGUGCGUCAAACUUACUACGCUGGUCAGAGAAGUGCAGAUAAAUCAGGCUUAGAGGAGGCCAAAGCAAGCACCCAGGAGACAUUAACCUCAAGGAUGGGCAAGAUUGAAAACACUUUACUUACCAAUGGUGCUAAUUAUGAUGAUAACAUUGCAGGUGCUGGUGCUCAAAAUAAUUCUAAUAUCAAAACAAGUUCUGACGCUGAUGAAAGUUCAAACAUCGUCAGAGAAAAUACCAACCAAGAUUCAUUGGUAGAUUCAAUAGAUUCACUUGAGACGGCAGAUGCCCGGUACGCCAAUAACAGGGGAAUGGGGUCACCCUAUUCAUAUGACUCAACCAUGUCAGUUGAUUCCAACAAUACGAUUUUCUUCGAUUCGGGAUCAAGUUUCUACUAUGUCAAGCCAUUUGUUGAUAACUUUUUUGACAUAAAGCAGCAUGGGGCCUGGAAGAAUAAUGAACUAUUCAGCCUUGUUGAAGAAUGUUUCCAGAAGAAAGUGUCUGCCCAGUAUGUGAUGAGAAUCAUUUACACGCGACGGAGAAACGACCCUCGCGUGAAGAAAUUCCUGCAGUCGGCAUCGUCAGAGAUGAUUGAAAGGAUGAGUUUUAGAGCGAGAAAUGAAGAGGCCUCUGUGUGUGUGAGCAGUUAAUUUUCAGGGAUAUGUAUUUGUUUGUUUCAAUUAUCUCAUGCCAGUUGAAUGGGCCAUUCUCUCUGUGGUGCUGUUUAAGAUAUAGCAAUGCUCCUGUAUGUGGUAUGAAAUCUACCUUGCAAAAUGAAAUGCUUACAUGUAUUGUUUUAUCAUAGCAAUGUAUAUAAAAGUUUCAACAAAAAUGAUCAUGGGCCUUCUUGGGGGAGUGGUUUAGUCAUCCAAGCAUUUUGAUUGGUUGGCUAAAUAUAUCUGUAACAGACAGCAAUAUUUUACUGCUGGGGCCAUAUUCACUAAUGCUUCAGUCUGAGUUUGAAACUCAAGGCUCAAAAAAGUGAUUCCUAAAAAGUAUGUUAUUGUUUUUGUUAAAGAUGUGUAACUAAUUGUUAAACAUAUAUAUUUAUCCUGUUUUACCAUUUUAACUCUUUCAGAAACAAAUUUAAAAUGGAAGGAAAACUUGCAGUCUCAAACUCAGAGUCAGGAAUUAGUGAAUAUGAACCCUGGUUGUUGUGGCCAAAGCACAACGCAAUACGCCAAUGUAUCUUAAUUAAAAAAAAUACCCAGUCCCCAAUUUCUUCAAACAUCUUAAGUCCCUUUUAAUAGAAUCAAGCUUACUAAAAGAUGGUAGAAUUUGUGUAAUAUUUACAUUCUUAGAGGGAUUUUUGACUUGAAGGGAAUUUAUCUUUGAUAUGCUUAAAAGCUUUUGAGAAAUUCGGGUCUGGUAUUAUUAUACAUGUACAUGUACAUGUUAACUAUAUUUUGCUGAUCAAACUAUGUAAUCAAAUAAAGCAAGGAUUAAAAUUUUAAUAAUAAAUUCUUGUAUGAAUAAUGACAUUUAUUGUAAGGCAAAGAUUAUUACUAGCUUUAUAUUGACUAAUGCAAUUCAUCAUUGAAUCAGAGCUUUAAAGAGAAGUCCAAGUAUAGUAAAUCAGCUUUUGGAAAGAUUUGUCUAUGAGUUUGAUUGUUAUUUUCAAAAUUGCCAAUUAAGAUGUUUGCCAAAGACAGAAUUUUGUAAUUAUUGAAAAUCGUUUAAAGUUUUAUUACUAUUCUUAUUCCUAUUUGAUUUAAAUAAUCAAAAAAAUGUUGCAUGAUUGUGUUUGGGCAUUGUGCAAGUAUUUAAAACAAUAAGAAUGAACAAACGAGCUUGUGCAAUACAUGUAUCUAUUGGGUCAUAUUAUCAAUGCUUGCAUCAUAACAAUUGAUUUUCCAAAUUAAUAUUUCUUUUUACUAGAUAAAAUAUCUAUUUCGGGAUUAAGAGCAUUAGUGGAAGGUAAAAUUUCCAUUUUGUUUUUGGACAGUUACUAAUUUUCAAUAUAAGGAUAUUUUGUUAUAAGCUUGAUCAUAUGAUUGCCAUUGUGUUUUUUUUUUAUUGUUUAUUGUACACUUUGAUAAGAAUUGCAAUAUGAGUAUAUAGUAUGAUAAAAUCAAAAUCUAUAUUGUAAGCAAAACAAUGCAAUAUUUUGUUAUACCCACACAGAACAAAGUUUGAUGGGGAGUCAUUAUAGGAGUGAUUCAAGA